CCGAGGCUGAAGUCAUUAAGUCUUUCCAUCACAUAUUUGAACCUCUUUCUGCCUCGCAUGCUGCAUCGAUGUCAUCUAUUGAGCGUUGAUGAGGGUUUGCAAUCUUUUGUGACACGUUGCAUUGCUUUGGAGCAUUUAUGCAUCCACCGUACUCCCGAAACACACGAUAUUGACAACACAGCAAAUGAGCUGUCCCUGCUAUCCGAUAGGAUUCGUUGGUGCACGCGGCUUGUAACUCUCUCUUGUCCGAUGCUCGACUGGGAAACAUGGAAGCAUCUCUCCCACCUCCCUACCCUUCUCAAAUUGGAAAUUGAUCGAGGGUACGAGGACCCUCCUUCGCUGUCAAACCGAGAUCUUCUGAAUUUAUCAUUCCUUAACAUCACGAGCCUUUCCUUUCGACAGCUGUACGAUUCUGCAAACAUCAUCACAGUCAUGCAACACUCGCAAUUUCCCUCGCUGAAAAAGUUCAAGUUUCAAGCCAACUAUCUGUCUUUAGAAGAGGCCGAGCAACUCUUGCAUGCUCUGUCCCACUGCAAAGCGUGUCGGACUCUAGAAGAAAUCAUCAUCUGUUGUCUUGAAGUCGGACCCAAAUACCACGAGUUUUUGACACCAACUCCGCAUUUCCUUUGCUUUACACAGCUCCGAACCCUGCAGCUCAUGUUUACUGAUUUCUGCAUCUACCUAGACAAUGACAUGCUCUUGCAAGCUAUGUCUAUUUGGCCGCAUAUCCGCACUCUGGAAAUCGACUACUUAGACGCCUAUAUUUUCUCUUCCGAGGUCACCCUCCAUGGAUUAUUCACAGCGCUCAGUCUAUGUCCACAUUUGCAUACACUAAAAAUUCCAAUCAAUAUUGCAACUAUCGACGUUGAUCCUGAUGCCGAGCCAAUACAACAUACCUCCCUACGAUCAUUGGAAUUGGAGACAUCAUCUGAAAUAGAAGAUCCAGAAACUCUCGCGGGCAUCAUUUCCGCCUGGCUCCCUUGUAUCUACCGAGUUCAAAACCUGGGUAGGGAUUGGGAUGAAGUCAACAUGCAUCUUAGAUUUUUGAAAGUGGCUACUGCGCCGUAUGGCACAUAUGGGAGCCUCCUAAAAUAA